AUGGGCAAGCUGGGCAACGAGACGUUGCGGGCGCAGCUGGGGCGGCGGACGUGGUAUCUUUUGCAUGUGAUGGCGUCCCGGUACCCGACCGAGCCGACCAAGGACGAGGUCAGCGCAAUGAAGAACUUUCUGUUCCUGAUGUCGCGCCUGUAUCCGUGCGGCGACUGCGCCCACCACUUCCAGCAGCACCUGAAGAAGCACCCGCCGGUGGCGUCGUCGCGCGACGAGCUCGAGCAGUACCUGUGUCGAAUGCACAACACAGUCAACAAGGUGCUGAAGAAGCCGCAGUUCGACUGCGCCACCGUCCACGACAACUACGACUGCGGGUGUGGACCUGAUAAUGUGCGCUACAAGCCCGAUGGCGCAAAGCCGUGA